CCUUUCCUCUCAUCCUCUUCACCCCUUCACUCACACCAUUAACAAACAUAAACACCUUCAUUCUCGUCAUUUUCUUCCUUAUCCUUUUCUUUCUAUUUUCUUCCCACUUAAUAACAACGAAACUGUUACCAUGCCUGAGGCACCAAAAGAGUAUGACCUGGCGGGGGAGAACAGGAGGGUCCUGGACUUCAUCGAGUAUGUCACUGCAAACGCCGAUGCGGUGCAGAGAGACAUACUCGGUGAGAUUCUGUCCCGUAAUGUCGGUGUAGAGUAUCUACGCCGGCAUGGCCUUGAAGGCCGCACGGACCGGGACACCUUCAAGAAGCUUCUCCCCGUCAUAACUUACGAGGACAUCCAACAAGAUGUUCUUCGCAUAGCCAAUGGAGACACUUCUCCAAUACUCACUUCAAAGCCUAUCUCAGAGUUUCUCACUAGCUCUGGGACAUCAGGAGGAGAGAGAAAGCUGAUGCCAACAAUUGAAGAAGAGCUAGGAAGAAGGUGCUUGCUUUAUAGCCUAUUAAUGCCAAUAAUGAGUCAAUUUGUGCCUGACCUAGAAAAGGGCAAAGGCAUGUACCUUAUGUUCAUAAAAUCCGAGUCUUGGACACCUGGGGGGAUAGUGGCUCGGCCAGUCCUCACAAGCUACUACAAGAGCCCUUAUUUUAAGGACAGACCCUAUGACCCAUACACUAACUACACAAGCCCAAAUGAAACCGUCCUUUGCCCUGAUUCCUACCAAAGCAUGUACUCACAACUUCUUUGUGGCCUUUGCCAAAACAAAGAAGUUGUGAGGGUUGGAGCUGUUUUUGCUUCCGCUUUUAUUAGGGCCAUAAGGUUUCUUGAGAAACAUUGGGUCCUACUUUGUAACGACAUAAGGACCGGAUCUCUAAAUCCCAAUAUCAUCUCUGACCAGACAGUCAGAGACGCCGUGAAAAAGAUUCUUGAUAAACCCAAUCCGUAUCUUGCGGAUUUUAUCGAGAGUGAGUGUAGUAAGAGUUCGUGGCAGGGGAUUAUCACGAGAUUGUGGCCCAACACAAAGUAUGUGGAUGUUAUUGUGACGGGAACUAUGUCACAAUAUAUACCAACAUUGGAUUACUAUAGCAAUGGGCUACCACUUGUGUGUACCAUGUAUGCAUCAAGUGAGUGUUACUUUGGUGUGAAUCUAAAUCCUCUUUGCAAACCAAGUGAGGUGUCCUACACCCUCAUCCCUUCAAUGUGCUACUAUGAGUUUUUGCCGGUUAACCGGAGCGACGAGGUCACCGGUUCGCUUCACAUGCCAAAAUCGCUCAAUGAGAAGGAGCAACAGGAGCUGGUGGAGCUUGUGGAUGUUAAGCUUGGCCAAGAAUAUGAGCUUGUGGUCACAACUUUUUCCGGCCUCUAUAGGUAUAGAGUGGGUGAUGUCCUAAGGGUGUCUGGAUUCAAGAACAAGGCGCCACAAUUCAACUUCGUCUGCCGGAAAAAUGUUGUCCUAAGCAUAGAUUCCGACAAGACCGAUGAGACGGAACUCCAAAAUGCCAUGAAAAAUGCCGUGACACACCUCCUCCCCUUCGAUGCGGCGGUGGUCGAAUACACCAGUUAUGCGGACACCACAACCAUCCCGGGCCACUAUGUGCUCUAUUGGGAACUCACUCUAAACGGUGGGACACCAAUCCCACCGUGCGUGUACGAGGAUUGCUGUCUUGCCGUAGAGGAGUCCCUCAACAGUGUGUACCGGCAAGGACGUGUGUCCGACAAGUCGAUUGGGCCACUCGAAAUAAGGAUUGUGGAGCAAGGAACCUUUGAUAAGCUCAUGGACUAUGCCAUAAGCUUAGGUGCAUCAAUUAACCAAUAUAAGGCACCUAGGUGUGUUAAGUUUCCACCUGUGCUGGAGCUAUUGAACUCAAGGGUGGUUGAAAGGUUCUUUAGCCCAAAAUGUCCAAAAUGGGUCCCCGGACACAAGCAAUGGAGCAAUGGUCAGAACUGAAUGAAUGAAGUAGCAUGAUUAGAAAAAAUAUGAACCUUAUGUUAUGUGGUUGUGUAGGUUUUUUUUUAACAAUGUUCCUAUAUGGGCAUCUUAGGUUAAUUAAGGCUUCUCUAGGCCCCCUCUCUCUUUAAGUUAUAGUUGAUGUUUUUAAUUAAUAACUUGCAUAAUGAAUAGUAGUGAUGUGGAACUUAAAUUAGCCAAUGUAAAAAAGUAACAAAUUCCACCCUACUCUACUUCGUGUUUCUUUGUAUCCAGUUAAAUUGAACUUUUUUUUUUAAUUUGGUGA